UAGCCCAGCGUCCGCCGCGCCUUGGCCAAGGCUUCAACAGACCACACCAAAAUGCCAUCUCAAAUGGAACAUGCCAUGGAAACCAUGAUGUUUACAUUUCACAGAUUUGCUGGGGAUAAAGGCUACUUAACAAAGGAGGAUCUCAGAGUACUCAUGGAAAAAGAGUUCCCUGGAUUUUUGGAAAAUCAAAAAGACCCUCUGGCCAUGGACAAAAUAAUGAAGGAUCUGGACCAGUGCAGAGACAGCAAAGUGGGCUUCCAGAGCUUCUUUUCCCUAAUUGCGGGCCUCACCAUUGCAUGCAAUGACUAUUUUGUAGUACACAUGAAGCAGAAGGGAAAGAAGUAGGCAGAAAUGAGCAAUUCCCCCGGCCCUGAUAAGAGUUGUCCCAAAGGGUCACUUAAGGAAUCUGCCCCACAGCUUCUCCCAUAUAAGGAUUUCAUGAG